UCCUCCAUGACGACGUCCCCCGACUACCUGGUCCUCCUCUUCGGGACCACCGCUGGCCUCAACGGGCCCCGGCUGGGCUCCGACGAGAGGGAGCUGGUCCAGCUCUUCUGGAGAGUGGUCGAUCUGGCCCACAAGAAGGUGGGAGCGCUUCACGAAGUGCUGAUCAGUCCGGAUCACCUGGAGCUGACCCAGGAGUGCAAAGAAGACACGGAUCUUACAGAGGAGAGUUUGAGACUGGCCCCGCAGCUGGAGCAGGCGCUGAGACAGUUUAAUCAGUCUGUGAGCAAUGAGCUAAAUAUCGGCGUAGGUACAUCGUUCUGUCUCUGCACUGACGGGCAACUUCAUAUUAGGCAGGUUCUGCAUCCUGAAGCUUCAAAAAAGAAUAUCUUACUUCCUGAAUGCUUCUACUCAUUUUUUGAUCUGCGAAAAGAAUUCAAGAAAUGUUGUCCUGGCUCACCCGAAAUUGACAAACUGGAUGCUAAAGUGAUGGCAGAAUAUCUGAAUCUUGACAAGAACAGUUCAGUGCAGCGUCAUGGAAUAUCUCAAGUGGAAGACAUGGGAAACAUCAUUUUAACAUUAAUUUCAGAACCUUACAAUCACAGGUUUUCAGAUCCAGAAAGGGUGAACUACAAAUUUGAAAGUGGAACCUGCAGCAAGAUGGAACUAGUAGAUGAUAACACUGUAAUCCGGGCAAGAGGCUUACCAUGGCAGUCAUCAGAUCAGGACGUUGCAAGGUUCUUCAAAGGCCUGAAUAUUGCCAAGGGAGGGGCUGCACUUUGUCUUAAUGCCCAAGGCAGGAGGAAUGGAGAAGCUCUUGUCAGGUUUGUAAGUGAAGAACACAGGGACCUAGCAUUGCAAAGACACAAGCAUCACAUGGGGAACCGGUACAUUGAGGUACGUUGCUCAAGCUCUGGAAUUUGUAUUCGGAUGAAACAGUGGAAAGUUUUGUUUCGGUGUAAUAACUCCUACCUCCCUCUUUUUCAGGUGUACAAAGCAACUGGAGAAGACUUCUUGAAAAUUGCUGGAGGCACAUCCAAUGAAGUGGCUCAGUUCCUGUCUAAAGAGAACCAAGUGAUUGUUCGCAUGAGGGGUCUCCCAUUCAAUGUAACAACAGAAGAGGUGUUAGCAUUUUUUGGUCAACACUGUCCAGUGACAGGUGGAAAAGAAGGAAUACUUUUUGUGACCUAUCCUGACAAUAGGCCAACAGGGGAUGCGUUUGUGCUCUUUGCUUGUGAGGAAUAUGCACAGAAUGCAUUAAAGAAACACAAGGACCUUUUGGGUAAAAGGUACAUAGAACUCUUCAGGAGUACAGCAGCUGAGGUCCAGCAGGUACUAAACAGAUACUCCUCUGCUCCUCUCAUUCCUCUCCCAACCCCACCUAUCCUUCCUGUACUACCUCAGCAGUUUGUGCCUCCUACCAAUGUCAGGGACUGUAUACGACUGCGUGGUCUUCCUUAUGCUGCCACAAUAGAGGAUAUUUUGGGAUUCCUGGGGGAGUUUUCCACAGAUAUCAGAACGCAUGGGGUUCACAUGGUAUUAAAUCAUCAGGGUCGGCCAUCUGGAGAUGCUUUUAUACAAAUGAAAUCUUCUGACCGAGCAUUUAUGGCUGCUCAGAAGUGCCAUAAGAAAACAAUGAAGGACAGAUAUGUUGAAGUCUUUCAGUGUUCUGCUGAGGAGAUGAACUUUGUAUUAAUGGGGGGCACCUUAAAUCGAAAUGGCUUAUCCCCACCACCAUGUAAGUUACCAUGCAUUUCUCCACCUUCGUACUCCUUUCCAGCUCCCACGGCAGUCAUCCCAACUGAAGCAGCACUCUAUCAGCCCUCUGUGCUCCUCAAUCCACGGACACUUCAACCUUCUACUGCAUAUUAUCCAGCUGGCACCCAGCUCUUCAUGAACUACACAGCAUAUUACCCUAGUAUGCAGCAGAGAAUGGAUCUGUACACACAGAUGAGUCGGCCAGGUCAGUGCCCAAAGAAUGGGUUUGUCUUUAAAGGCCCAAGCAGUUAGAUUUCUUAAAGGAGGUUCUACUUGACUUCUUGCACAAUGUCAGCCAGCCAAAUGGAGAUUUAUCUGAAACCUAGCACAAGAAAAGUUUCCACUGUCUUGGAUAUCUGCCUAUGUUGAUUUUUUUGUGUGAUUUUUUUUUAAAAAAAUAACCAAAAACACAUACACUUUACCAAUGACCACAGAGACACGCCGCCUCCCCCCCCCCCCCCCGCCCCUUGCAGUACAAACUUGUCAUUUAAAGCUUUUGGAACAUUCACUAUUUGAGAGCACACUUGCCAAAGUCACAAGAAAUAUUUUUGGGUUUCUUUUCCCCUGUGGUACGGUAUUCAAAAUGUUAAAUUAUUUUUCUGUCACAGAAAGGAUCCUACUUGAAAUUAGGACACUACUAAAAAUUUGUUGAAAUAGCAUGUCGUGCUAAACCAAACUUUGUUUUUUUUAAUUUGCACAUGCUUUUUUUUUAUAUUAAAGACCUUGGGAUCAUAUUCUUUGGCCUUUUAUUAAAAUGGUUUUGUUUUGUAUAUAUUUAUUUGUUUAAAAUGUAUCUUUGGAUUCUAGCCAGAUUUACUUGACAGUGUAGAAAGUGCUUAAGAAUGUAAAAUGCAAUAUGUUGGAGAGGAGAGAAGUACUGUAACUUUUGUAAUAUAUUAUAUAAAUAUAAUAUAUGUAUACAGUAUAUAUAAAACUUAUAAACUGUAAUGUUCUAAACGUGCAUAUUGCACAUAUGACUACUGUAUAUUUAAGUUACUGUCCCACGAUAUUCUGACAAGGGAGAUUAUCACUGUGGUGUACAAAGCCUCCAGCAAUUCUGCUAUUCCACAAAGCCAAUGAUAAAACCUAGUUAUUAGGAUUAUAUUAAAAACUGUAAAAUUAAGGGGAUUGCAAUACUUGCUCACAACUAUGGAGGAAAUAAUUAAGGUAUAUGGCACUGGAGGUUACUGAGGGAAUGUAGUCUAGAUAACCUCAUUUUAACACUCAGUAUCUGGCCCCUCUCCUGAGCUCAAUAAUGAAUUGUUACCAAAAGCAGUGGGAAAAAUAAAUAAAGGGCUACAUCACUGUUGUAGAAAUUGGUCUGAGAUGCUCUAUAUGGGUUCUGUGCCAUACUUGGAUGGUCUCCAAUCCUUGACCAAUGUUGCAUUUGCAUCUUCCACAAGUAUUAAAACUGUUUUA